CGGAGGCACGCACGCGGGCACCCAGCUGUCAAUCAGGUGCGGGGUGAGCUUGGUGCGGCGGGAGCAGCGGGGAGGCGGCGGUGGCGAUGGGACCCCAGCGAGAGAUCUGCGGCUAGCAGGCUGCACUUGCUCCACGGGUCCGGGGAUUGGAGGGGACAGGCUUGAAGAAUGUGCCAUUAAGAAGAAAGGUAAAAGAGUAAAUAACAAAAAGAGGAAGAGGACUUCAAAGUUGGGAAGGAUGAGUUCUUGCAGCAAUGUCUGUGGGUCCAAGUCGGCACCAGCUGCUGCUGAGGGCGGGUACCAGCGCUAUGGAGUCCGGUCUUAUCUGCACCAGUUUUAUGAGGACUGUACCACCUCAAUCUGGGAGUAUGAGGAUGAUUUCCAGAUCCAGAGAUCACCUAACAAGUGGAGCUCAGUAUUCUGGAAGGUCGGACUCAUCUCCGGCACCAUCUUUGUGGUUCUCGGACUGACUGUUCUGGCAGUGGGUUUUCUUGUGCCACCCAAGAUCGAAGCUUUUGGUGAAGCCGAUUUCAUGGUGGUCGACACACACGCUGUCCAGUUUAAUGGAGCCCUUGACAUAUGCAAGCUGGCGGGGGCCGUGCUCUUCUGCAUCGGGGGCACGUCCAUGGCAGGGUGCCUGCUGAUGUCAGUGCUCGCGAAAAGCUACUCCAAAGAAGAAAAAUUCCUGCAGCAAAAGUUUAAAGAGCGAAUCGCAGACAUCAAGGCCCACACCCAACCCAUUACAAAAGCUCCAGGCCCCGGGGAAACAAAGAUACCGGUCACUCUGUCCAGGGUUCAAAAUGUCCAGCCUGUCCUGGCCACCUGAACCCCUUCCCCCACCCUCUCCUCUCUGAUUUACACACAUGGCUACCAUGGAGCAGGCCAGCAUUUGAGAAGACAAGAGUUUGGCCUUGAUUUGCCCCGUGGCUGUCAUAGGCUGUGCGCAGCAGAGGGCAUGAGUUCACACUCACUGGCUCAGUGGCCCUGGUGAGGGGGGAUGCCAUGUGCCGACCUGAGCACAGGCGCCAGCUGCUUAGAGGGUGCCUCGGUGUGCCCUCAGGAGCCCCCUGAAACUCCCCUCUCAUAGAUUGUGGCUCUGUGUAAUUUCCCGUGUUAUUGGAAAGCCCUGGACAUUUUAGACCAGCCUACCAGUCACUACCAUGAUCCCUUCAUUUUCUAAUAUUCGUUUUUCUAAUCUUUCCUGUGUGGUGCUGCCUUCUGUUCCCAUCUCAUUACAUGUAAGAUAUUGUUAUAUGUGUUCCUA